ACAUGAUAGAGGGAUACUACAGUGUGUAGUAUAGUAUUCUAUAGCAUUCUAUUGUAAGUACUGUAGACCUCUAUAGUAAACUGCAGUAUUUUUUUAUGUGGGUAUACGAUAUACAGUCCUUGGUAGCAGAUCAUUUUUGGACACUGCACCGCGACAACUGCACGCCCAUUGUGGCGCAGAGGGACAAUCUGUUCACAAGAGCAGAGAGGCAGCGACACGACUCAUUUGCAUGAGGCAGCCUAGGAACGAGGACAAGCUGCGCUGCGGUUCUGGUCUGAUGAGGCAGCAACAAGGACCAGACAACAUGUACAUUUGAGCCACAUAAAGGGCGAACAAUCCGCGAUAUGGUUGUCAGAGCAUGGAAGCUCCAGAAGACGUGUCGGUCCGGGAACAGCUUUUCCACGACCGAGUCAGAGAGACCAUAAUCUGUGUCCUGCUUUUCAUAUGUCUCUACAUUGUCUCCUAUCUGGUCAUCACCCACUACAAGAAGAAUGCUGAGUUUACCAUAGAUAACAGUGAAGAUGCAACAGUCAACAAAAUUGCGCUGUGGCUCUGUACGUUCACUCUCUCUGUCUCUGUGGGCGCUGUUCUACUCCUACCACUCUCCAUCUUGUCCAACGAGGUCCUGCUCUCCUUCCCACAGAGCUACUACAUGCAGUGGCUUAACGGAUCCCUUAUACACGGACUGUGGAAUAUAGUCUUCCUCUUCUCCAACCUAUCCCUGGUCUUCCUCCUGCCCUUUGCCUACUUCUUCACUGAGUCUGAGGGCUUCGCUGGAUCCAAAAAGGGUGUGAUGGCCCGUCUGUAUGAGACAGCAGUAGUCCUCUUCCUCCUGACCCUGCUCGUGUUGGGGAUGGUGUGGGUGGCAUCAGCCAUCCUUGAUGACAACAUGGCCAGACAAAGUCUUUAUGAUCUGUGGGAGUAUUACCUGCCUUAUCUGUACUCCUGCAUAUCCUUGUUCGGAGUCCUGCUGCUGUUGUUAUGCACUCCUCUAGGACUAUCACGCAUGUUCAGCGUCACAGGAAGGCUACUGGUCAAACCCAGGUUGCUGGAGGACCUUGAUGAGACAAUGAGUUGUGCUGAGUUUGAAGAGGCCUCUCUAUCCAGGAACCUCACUAGUGGGACCUCGUUAUGGAUUAAUGUGAAUGCAGAGGUUCUGAGGAACCGGUUCCUCAACAUUCAGGCCCGGCGGAUUGCUCUGGAGAUACGGAAGAGAGCGUCACCAUGGCAGCGUAACCUAGGAUACCCAUUGGCCAUGCUGUUGCUGCUGGCUGUAACGGUGGUGUGUGUGCUUAUUGUGUGUUACCAUGUGGUGGAGUUGCUGUUUGACGAUACAGCUAUGCCUCGAGGGAUGGAGGACCCUCUCCUGGGCGCUGCCUCGUUCUCCAUGUUUGGUUCGUUAGGGGCUGCAGUGCAGGUGAUCCUCAUCCUGUAUCUCAUGAUCUCCUCAGUAGUGGGUUUCUACAGCUCCCCACUGUUCACUGGACUACGCCCCCGCGCACAGGACACCACACUGACACAGAUUAUUGGGAACUGUGUUUCUCUAUUGGUGCUCAGCUCAGCUCUGCCUGUAUUUUCUAGGACUUUGGGGAUCACCCGGUUUGAUCUGCUGGGAGACUUUGGUCGGUUUAACUGGCUGGGAAACUUCCACAUCGUCUUCCUGUAUAACAUACUGUUUGCCGGGCUGACCUCUGCCUGUCUGAUCAACACUCUCACAUGGACUGUACAGAGGGAACUCAUCAGAGCAUUCGGGCUGCAUAAACUGCCAUCGACUGUGUCCCGCUCCACCAUCCCACUCAGGCUCCUAUUGGCUAAUGGACUCUCAAAGAUUCAGUGACACUUGAACAAGCCAAUGACCUUGGCUAACCAAAGUGAGUUUACCAAAAAUCCGUGUCCCCAAAUAUUGAGCUGAUGUAAACUCUCAUUGAAAGAGAGAAGAGAUUGACCUGUUUGCUGAUGGACGACUGGUGAUCCUGUCACUACUGAUAUGAGAAGAGGAGGAAACUUGGUUAGAUUAAACUUAUCGUCUGAUCAGGAAUGGACUUGGACCUCAGACAUGAUCAUACAUACAGAGAAUAGGUACAGGUACUGCGCCAAAGGGGACCAAUGUAAUUUGUCUCCUUUUCUGUCAGGUCUAUAACGGAGUAAGUGAGAAAUAAAAUUAAAAAAGAAGAGGGAGACAAUGGUGAAGAAAACAAAAUGAACAGAAAGGGAGCAAGAAUUUAGGUUUCUAUGCGUAGAGUAUGGAGAUGGUCAUCUUCGAGUCCCAAGGUCAUUCCCAAUAUAUGAACACUUCAAAGACAUCCAAAGUGACUUCUGCUGAAAUGUCUGCCAAUCUCAAAACAUCUGGAUCCCUGACUCUUUGACUGGAAGGAACUCCACAAGAACUUCAGCUCUAUGUACUUCUUUAGAUCUGGCUUUUCCUCUCUAGCACUUAUGACCUUAUUUAUUAUUCAAAUGAUUUAUUCUGCUGUGUCAUCUUGUGAACAUCAUAUCACUUCUUUCUGUUGUCCUUUAAUGGAAUGUUUUGGAAAGAAGAAGAUGUCUGCAUGGUGUCAAAGAGUACAGUAAAUCGGUUAACAGUAAUGAAAGUAAGGGACGGGUACAGUAACUCCUAUGCAUAUGGCCAAUUCUACUAUACUCCUUUUUAGUAUUUCAUUCUCAUUUACACAUUUGUAUCACAACCUUGUGUAAUAGGGACAGUUUAUUGUUGGACUGAAAAAGUUGGACAGCUGCCUUUUGUGACGAGAACAGCAACAUACAAUGCUUAGCACCAUGGCGCUAAAGGAAAUUUACAAUGGCCUGGAAGUUAAGACCAAGUUAAACUGUGAUGUGUUUACAGUGUGUGUGUGUGUUUAUGUGCCUGUGUUUGAGUAAAAGAGUGCCUGUGUGUGUGUUUGUGUCCGUCGGUGUACAUUCAUUUUUUUGUGCAAUGUUGCAUUAAUGCAUGGAGAUUUUUCUCCAAUAUCUCAAGUUCCUUUCAUUUUUUUAAAUCACGUUUUUGUUUUUUAAUUAUGAGUUUGUGUCAAUAGAUUUAUUUUGACAUCAAGUGAAUGUUCAUGUGUUCGUCUCACAGGGGUAAAACCUCUCCUGAAUUGUCCAAAUGUAUUGUCAUUAAAAUGCCAGAACAGUAGGCUACUACAUGUUAAAUUGUCUGUAUGUCUUGUAAAACUGUAUGCUUUACUAUGAUGUAUGAUUGUUAGCUAGCUAUACAUUUGAACUCUGGUUAAAAGUAUAUGAAAAUAGUUUUUGUAAGGACUCUUUACUGGAAUAAAUAUUUUCAGUCUAUUUCUUA